ACCGAUCCCAGAUCAGCCAAAGCGCAAAGGCAGCGCAUGAGCUCGUGAUUCCAUCGCACGAGCCGCCGAGAUCCGCGCCGCGGUGCAUUCUGGUCUUAGUUGAAAGAUUCAAGAUGGCGGCGAGCAGGAGACUACACAAGGAGCUUGAAGAAAUCCGCAAAUCUGGGAUGAAAAACUUCCGUAACAUACAAGUCGAUGAAUCAAACAUAUUGACAUGGCAGGGCCUCAUUGUUCCAGACAACCCUCCAUAUGACAAAGGGGCGUUCCGGAUCGAGAUCAUCUUCCCUGCAGAAUACCCUUUCAAACCACCCAAGAUUACGUUUAAAACGAAGAUCUAUCACCCCAACAUUGAUGAGAAGGGACAGGUCUGUCUGCCUGUUAUUAGUGCAGAGAACUGGAAACCAGCCACCAAAACUGACCAAGUAAUUCAGUCGCUCAUUGCCUUGGUGAACGAUCCACAGCCAGAACACCCUCUGAGGGCCGACCUAGCAGAAGAAUACUCAAAAGACCGUAAAAAAUUCUUUAAGAACGCAGAAGAGUUUACAAAGAAACACGGAGAAAAGCGGCCAGUGGACUAACAAUACCAGACAAGUGUGUAGCCCCACCUCCAGAACCCAAACCCCGCCUCCUCUCCCUCUGAUCUCCUUCCCUCGCUCUACUACCUUCUACUCAACAACCCAACCUCUACCCCGCUCCCUCUUUCUCUCCUUCUCCUCUCCUUUAC